AUGUCGAGAUGGGAGCUGCAGGCCUUCCAUGCAAGAUAUACGCCAGGAUCACAGCUCAUCAUCCAGCUUCUCCUCCACUGUGACUCGCCUCUCCUGCUCUCAAUCCCCCCUACAAACUAUCUGUUUUCUCCGAAAUUCGACUUCAGUAAAGGAAAGGCGGACACCCCCAUGAAAGGAAAUGCGUUCGCGCUCAUGAAGGCGGCGCGGGACCUUCAGAACAGCAAGCUUCCUCACAGGAGCACUGAAAAUGAUUUCCCGAGCCCGACAAGUCCCGGUGAUGAAGUAGGUCGUCCAAGUAUGACCCGCAAGGUAUCUGGUCUCGACUACGAAGAAGGUCUCGCCCUGCCAAUGCCCAAGCCACAUCAUUCUCGAAGGAAUUCACCCGAGGCAGAUGCCAUUUUUGAGGAUUACCGGACACCCCUGGAGAAUCCGCCUUCUCUGAACGAAUUCCCAUCGCGUGAAGUUUCUCCUUCGUGCGAGUCAACCACAUCUACUAUUCCCGAGAGCAAGAAAAGAUCGAAAUUCCAAAUUCUCAAGUCCAAGAUGAGCUUCAAAGAUUUAAAGAAUGAACUUCCAAAUGAUGAUGAAAUUUCCAAUCCGAUUCCUGUCCUCCCAUUGACUGAGAACACCAAGCCUUGCCUUCGUCGCCCUCUCAACAGUGCCACCACCAUGCCGUCAAUCGCGUCUACUGCAUCCGCAACCAAGGUCAGGCCGACGCUUAACCAGAUUACCCUCGCUCGGAAAGUGAGUGUUCCUACCAAGUCUACGUCUUCCGCCAACGCAAGCGCCACUCCGAGCCGGAUACCUCUGCCACCUUCAAAUACAUUGUCACAGGGAGGCGUUCCCUUGAAGGCAGAUGGUAGCCAGCGCCAUUUUUCAGGCCAGAGACCUCCAAGCUACUCGUCAAAUGCAAGCAAGGAAGAAAGGGCGGUUACGGAUUCUAGCCUUGGAACUGCAAGCCCAGAUACCCGUGAGAGUCACCAACUCGACAUUGUCGUCACACGCCCAAGCCCUGAAGGCGCUUUGAACACCUUAAGUGUGCCCCCGUAUCUUGAUCGACCGAAAUACCCGGUCACUGGCGAAUCGCCUCCUCAUCCUGAUGAUCUCCUGGAGGGAAGCGGCAAAGUCAAAUACAUUCCAAAGACAUGGUUGGAUGGGCCUUGCCCCCCAACUCCUUCGCCGCUCAAUGGAAAAGACUCGGUCGAGCCAACCAGCAUAAACGGUUCGAGAAGGGAAGGCUUCCUUUGGAGGGGUCCGCCAAUGGCCCAAGUCGUCCCAUGGGGGUUGCAGGUCGAUGAAAUCGUCGAGAUGGUCCGCUCAAUCCAACGCCACGCCGAUACUGGGAUUGAGGGUAUGACCAAAAAGCUGGAGGAACUCUCCACCUGGAUCACUGAUCAGCUCAACCAUCAUAUCCAGAAUAUCACGGAUCUCUCUCGGGCCAACUCAGAUCUUUUCAAUAAGCAGAGCCAGCUCUCGCGGGAAAUGAUGAGUUUACAGCUAGCCCUGCGUCUUGAAAUUGGCGGCAUGGAGCGGCACCUCAAUGGCUUCGAGAUGCAGCUGGUGAAUGAGUUACAAGCUGAGGUCCGGGCGUUAGCGAAAUCUUACGAGGAACUGAACAUCAAAACCGAUGUUAUGCUCCAGGAUUCUUCGAAUGAUGAAGCGAAACAGUUCAUUGAAAUCCAGCGCAUGAAAAAUACUGAGAUCGAGGCUGAGAUUGCGUAUCUCAAAGGUCAUGCUCCGCAUGAUUCUGUGUUGCUUCCCCCUCUUACCCUCCCCAUCAUGCCAGCCAUGAGCGUCUCGAGCACGCGUAGUAUCGAGCCUCUGAUCAAAAAGAUUGAAUCUACAGUCAAAAUCGCCGAGGAGCAGGCCAGGCUUAAAGAUAUCGCUACGAAUGCAGGCGUUCUUGCAAUCGCGGCCACGCAUCCCCCUAUGCUACCGCCCCCUCGACCUCCAAUGAAAGCAUCAACUUCUGAUGUUAAGAGACUCUCUCCGACAAAUACAGACGAGGGGGAGACGAAGAACAGAGAACUUCUUGUCAGUGAAGACAAGCCUGCGGGUGACUUGCCGCGCAGCACUUCCUUAACGAAGAAAGGAUUUCUCAAGAAUAUCAUGACCAUUUCUCCUGAUCAGAAAGAAAGCGCACACCAGAAGACAGGACAUGGCAUCAGCGACGAACCUAAGAAAUGGAGCAUCUUUGGAUUCCGUCGCCGCCAUGCUACUCCCAGCGGAAAUACCCCCAGCGUUGAUAUCAAAGCACGCUCUCUGUCUUCCCUGAAGACUGCUAAAGAGCAGGCGAGAUCGGAUAAGCAAAAGGACAAAAGUAGUACUGGGUCGUCAACACCGCCCCGCCCUUCCGUCCCAGUCCAAUUUGCCUACAAAACUCCGAAGAAAGGCAAUAUUUCCUGGAAACCACUCCAUCCAGCCUUGCGAUCCGCUGAGCCUAGAAGAUCAAGUUCGCUCAAAAGGCCAAAAACUGCACGACCACGACCACCGCCCGUCGAUCUUUCAUCUCCUCUCCAUUGUGGCCGAGGCUUAUCAGCUUUGUCUCCGGCGAUCGAAGCGUAUUCGACAGCGGAUUCUUCAACAGGCAGCAGUGCUCUUCCCACUACAACCAGUCUAUUGCCGCCUUACUCUACUGUGCACGGUGGAAAAAGUUCAUCAAGCUUGCCUCCUAUCGCUCAAGUGUGCCCACUCACGCCCACCACCUCUUCUUCGGCGGGCGGCGUUCCUCUUCCAAGCUCAGACGCGGAACCAACUUUAAUCUCUGUGUCUGAGACGGAGACUAAGACGAGUGAGAGCGAUGAUAAUGUAGAAGAACAGCCAUUACUUGCUAGCGAUGACGCUGGGACCGAAUGGAGCUAUGUUUCCAAGACGGAGAUUCGAGGUCAUGAAACCACGAUUUGA